AUGUCCGACGGCCAGUGCAAAGAGGGCGAAACAGAGCUGCUACUCUGGUACAAAUCAUUAUCACCACUCAGGGUAGAUAUUGUCGAUCAUUUUUCUGGAAAGGAGCUUUUCGCCAUUCACGGGGAUUCCUUAAUAUUUCACUGUAUCACCGACGCUAGGGUCGACUUUACCAAUGGAUUCCAACUACUGCACGCGAUAUAUGCAGUGGAAUCUUUUCUCGCCAAUCUCCAGAGGUGUGGAUGCAAAUUUCAUAUAGUUUGGUUUGCUGAUCAAGAGGAACUCUGUGUCCCCAACGACGUUUCUGAUGCUCUUGCAUCCGGAUACCGGCUUGUUCGAGCCAUUGUCAUCAAACACUUGGAGCAUGCCAUCGGAGUUGCCGAAACUGGGGAGAGUCCCAUCAGCUUUCAAUUCGAGAGUAUGCAAGGUGACGCUUUUCAGGACUAUCUCACACAUAAUGCCAUCCAUUUCUUUCUCUGUCUUGAUGGCCAGGAUAUCGAGAGGAACUCCGGCGCCAAUAGCAUCCAGUAUGUCAAAGUCAUCCAAUACCUAUCUCUCAAAGGCUACAGUGUGGCUCUCAUAAACAAUAUCGAUUUUGUAAGCUCCAAGGUCCACGCAUCAAUAUGCGCCCCAUCGUUGAGUGGCGGACCUGUUUGGGUCGACCAAAUGUCACGGACGCCUAGAAUCCCAAUCAAAGGGAUUGCCGAAAUGGAGGCCAGCCGCGGGACGAGGCUCUCCAUAUGCUCGCCUUGGGAAGAUGGCGAGCCCUUGUCGGGUAGGGACAUGGUCUGUCUCACCGCCAUCAGUAACACGCUGUUGGUCGAAUCCGGAAAUGAUAUGAGAGACUGCAUUGUCGCCUAUAUCAUCCAUCUGUCUCUCCUGAGACGUCUUGAUCUGUCGCAGAGAGCGUGUAGGGAAGCGCCACUCAGCAAGGUUCAGCAGUCAUGUCUUGACAAAUUCUUUGCGUUACUCAGCAACAUCUGCACCUCUGUCGUGGAGACUAUGUCUUUUGAAGGGAGAUGGGACGUUUUUGAUCUUAUUGACGGUCGCAUUUUGCGACAAAUUCUCGGACGUCUACAAGCUCUGGCGCUCCCCGGAUGCAUCAUCGCCGAGGUCGACAAGUUCGCCGCCCUGGUCUACCAACUUACGCUUGUUGAUGUCUCGGCAUCGAUUCCGCAAUGUCGCUGGAGAAAAAGUGCGAGCGAUACUGCCAUUGAUGCCGGACAACAUGUGUCUCCUUCGCUUCUACCAUUCAGUCACCCAGCUUUGGACGAUUUCCUUGCUCCUGUAAACAUGUCCACCGCAGAAUCGAAUGAUUCGCAGGUCACAACAAAGGUUUUUGAAGAAGUCUCACAUUGGCACAAUGCGCGUGUCCCCAUCGACCCUAGGCACAAAAUACGGCAGAAAGGUUAUUUUGCGAAGAGGAGAAACCAAUUGCUCAUUGCAAGCACGAUUGCUUACUCUGCUAGCCUGGUAAACUCUGCCGGCAAAGCCAUCCAUCCGGAAACCAUUGUGUCCACCCCCGAAUGCAGAUCUAGCUCCAAUGAAGGCAAGGACAAGAUACGUGUGGUGGUCGGCGGUUCAUCUCAGAGAGCCUCUCAUAAGCACAACUCCAAGAAAGCGGCGCAGUGCAGCGGUCGGCAAAAUGCUCUAGAGGAGGCUCAAAGAAUCCAAGCGGAGAAGAUGAAAAGCAAAGCCAGUGCGUCUAUAAUGGCUUGGGGCGAAAGAAGGCGGGAAUUCGAAACGGAGAUGAACUUGGAGAGCCGAUGUCCAAAGGUUGUCAAGUAUCUUGCCGGGUUGUCGUCUCAAGAUAUGGACACUGUUGGUGGAGAGGUGACGUUGUAUCUGUGCAAUUCCAUUGCCUUGAUGAUACUCGAUGCGAGGAAAAAAGGGACAAGAAUGCCAGAGAUGGGUUUAUUGGCGAUUUUGUGGUCAAAACUCGUCGAAAUCAGCACAUUUGCCUUUUCGCAGGAAGGGGCUGCAUUGUUUAAUCUGCUCGCAAGGGCUGUCAAAAUGCCGACAGCGAUGGUGCCAUACACACCUUUAAAGGGACGCAAGCUUCCCUUUGCCAGUAUAACGUCAAGUCUGAGCGAUCAACUACGGAUCCCAGUUGAUUCUCUCGAGUUUCAGCUGACUCAUUGCGGACCAUAUAUGGAAAGAGGCUUUGACUCGAUGCCGGACCCUCGUGUACCGUUCAGCCCGGAUGCCUGGCAGAGGGAUGUCCUGGAUGCCAUAGAUGCCAACAAGAGCUUGUUCGUCGUUGCGCCGACCUCGGCUGGCAAAACUUUUGUUUCAUUCUAUGCAAUGAAGAAGGUGCUGCAGUCAAACGACGACGACGUCAUCGUAUAUGUGGCUCCCACCAAGGCCCUCGUCAAUCAAAUUGCCGCCGAGGUGCAGGCCAGAUUCUCAAAGGCUUAUUCUACUCCGGGCAGAUCCGUAUGGGCAAUCCAUACAAGGGACUACAGAAUCAAUAACCCUACAGGCUGCCAGAUCCUCAUUACAGUCCCGCAUAUGCUGCAAAUCAUGCUGUUAGCACCAUCAAAUGCAAAGACGGCCAACUCGUGGUCUUUGAGGGUAAAGAGGAUCAUUUUUGACGAGGUGCACUGUAUCGGGCAAUCAGACGAGGGAGUCAUAUGGGAACAGUUACUCCUACUCGCGCCCUGUCCCAUCAUUGCCUUGCCCGCAACGGUGGGUAAUCCAAUGGAUUUCGGUGCCUGGUUGCAAGGAUCGGAGAAAGCCAAAGGCCACGAAUUGGAAAUGAUUGUUCAUCCCCAUAGGUAUUCGGAUCUUCGAAAAUUCAUAUAUCAUCCUACGAAAGACCAGAUUUUUAGGGGGCUUGGACCUACAGAAGGACUAUCGAUUCCAGGGUUAGAUGGGGAGCAGCAUGAGACGUCGCCCUUCACGGGUAUUCACCCAGUGGCUAGUCUCAUCAACAGAAAUCGGAGUACCAUCAACGACAUCAAUUUCGAAGGGAGAGAUUGCUUCGUCUUAUGGCAGUGUAUGAUGAAGCAUCAAAGUAAAGAAUUUCCAUUGAAUGACGCCUUGAAUCCUCGGAAUGCCCUUCCUACUAUUUUGAAGAAGGGUGAUAUUGCUCGUUGGGAGGCUGCGUUGAAGCAGGCCUUGUUCGCAUGGAUGCAAGACACCAGUUCGCCAUUUUCAUCCGUCCGAAGCGACCUUCAGUCGCCAAUUAUUCAACGGCACCUGUCUAUUCAGCAUGAAGCAUCCAAUUUGAGCACAUACGAGCCGAGUAAUACUGAUGUAAAUCCAAACAGUAAAAAGUCUGGUCUACUUGCUUCAGCGCUACAGCUCCUUGCUGACCUCCAUUGCCAUGGGGCGCUUCCUGCAAUCGUAUUCAACUACGAUCGGCAAUAUUGUGAAAAAAUAAUCUCUUUUGUUGAAAAGCAGCUUACGCUCGCAGAAUCGGAUUGGAAAGAUACAAAAAGAAUGGAAUGGAAGAAGAAAGUUGCUGAAUAUGAAAAAUGGAAGAAGACCUCCAAAACCCACGGCAAAAGGAAAGACAGGACGUCAUUGUCCUCGCAGGAUGGGCUUUGCAAGAAAGACAUGGUCGAAGAAGCUGCAAAUCAGGACCCUAGCGUCUGGGAAACCUUUGAUCCAGAAGCGAUACUAGACAUGUUCUCGUUUGCUGACCGAACAAAAUUACUCGACUCCGAGUUUGAUGAUAUCAUCGUGUCCCUCAAAAAAGCAAACUUGAAACCGGGCAUCAUUGACGCUCUACGACGGGGUAUGGGAGUUCAUCACGCGGGAAUGAAUCGGCAAUAUCGCCAAGUGGUUGAGAUGCUUUUCAGGAAGGGCUUUCUGAGGGUUGUGGUCGCCACGGGCACCCUGGCCUUGGGCAUUAACAUGCCCUGCAGGACUGUAGUAUUCUUCGGCGAUUCCGUGUUCCUCACAGCCCUGAAUUACAAUCAAGCAGCUGGGCGAGCUGGCCGCCGGGGGUUCGACCUUCUCGGAAAUGUUGUCUUCGUGGGAAUGACUCCCGAGAGGGUUUUUGAAAUCAUGUCCUCCAGACUCCCCGACCUCCACGGCCAGUUUCCACUAUCAACUACUCUGGUUCUGCGCCUAUUGGGACUGCUGCAUCACACAGCAAAUUCGGAAUACGCGGUCAAGGCGAUUCGGUCCAUACAGUCGCAAACUCGCCUCUAUCUCGGUGGCCCAUCCAAUCAGAUGACAAUCAGACAUCAUUUGCGCUUCUCAAUAGAGUAUCUCCGAAGACAGCAUCUAUUGUCUCACACCGGGGCUCCCCUCAAUUUUGCAGGCUUGGUCGGCCAUCUUUACUUUACUGAGAACGCCGUCUUUGCUUUCCACUCGUUGCUGAAGGGUGGUUAUUUUCACGAGCUGUGCCGAACCCUUCACCAGAAGCCGCAAGAGCUUCACCUUGAGCUCGUACUUGUUCUCGCCCAUCUGUUUUGCCGUAUACCUCUCCGUUUGGGGAGUGACGAACCGACCGAGGACAGAAUCCACAGGUCUCCAUCUCUCGUCAUCUUGCCACCGCUACCGAAACGAGCCGAGACUAUCCUUCAUGAGCACAAUAACAAGACUCUCCACAUAUUUCGAAACUACGUCAGCUCGUUUAUCGAUCAAUAUCUCGACGGUCAGCCAGACAACCAGCUCCCUUUUACAAAACGCAAGGUCCAAGGGACAAAUGGACGAGAUGCAUUGUCAAUCAUUGACCAUCUCCCCCCACCCAAGCUCUGCUCACCAUUUGCUGCUCUUUCUGGAUUCACUGAUGACUUCCAGUCUAUCCACGAUCUCUGCACUACCGUCCGAGACGGAGUCUUUCUUGAGGAAUCCGGGGUUCCGUACAUCCCCAUUCAUCCAAAUGAUGAUGCUCGUAUACCAUGGAAUGCGUACAUCUAUGACUUUUUCAAGCACGGAGACAUGGAGGCGCUGGUACGAGAUAACGGUAUAAAGGCUGGCGAUGUAUGGUUUCACUUGAAGGAUUUCUCGCUUAUUCUGGCGACCAUAAUCACAAGCCUCACAAACUUUUUCGAACAGGGCUCUUCUAAUGGCGAUGCCGCCAUGAUGGAUGUGCAAAAUUUGAGUGAUGUCCUCCAAGAGGAUACCGGUGACGAAUAUGCAUCCGAGGCCAGGGAUGAGGUUGAUCAGGGAGCCCCGCAACACCCCGUUGCUCUCUCUGCAAAGAAGAAAAAGGUUGUUCUUGCGGAUUCAUGGGACGAUGACUUGAGCAGCGGAAGCUCACAAGAAGAGAACACACCUUCUAUCCAGUCUAAUAAACGCUGCAGUGUCCCACCCGUGGAACAAGCAUCCACGCCGAAUGGGCCGAACGACGACGAGGUGAGUUUAAAGCUCGUGUUGACAGCUUUUCAACAGCUACAACUACAAUUUAACGAGGUGUUUAAACGGGCUUGGGCUUAA